AGUUUUUCCUAACAUCCAACCUCAACUUCCCUUGCUGCAACUCGAGCCCAUUGCUCCUUGUUCUGUCGUCUGCCAGACCCAUCCACAGAUGUAGCAGAUACUUCCAGGAAGUGCCUGAAAGAAGCUUCCUCUCAUCGAAACCAUUAAGAGAAAAAGUCUACGUACAACUCUGGGACUUGUGGAGUUAAUCUGUCAAAAUGGCAGAAAAUAAGGAAAGUAAUAGUAAAAAUGUAGAUGUGAGACCCAAAACCAGCCGGAGCAGAAGUGCAGACAGAAAGGAUGGCUAUGUAUGGAGCGGAAAGAAGCUCUCGUGGUCCAGAAAGAGUGAGCAUUGUUCUGAAGCAGAAACAGUAAGUAGUUUAGGCAAGCCAGCAGCUGGUUUGAGGAACCAAGAAAGGAAGCACAGCUGUUCAUCUGUUGAACUGGAGUUAGAUCGUUCAUGCGGCCACAGAUUUUUAGGGCGGUCUUUUAAGCAGAAGUUGCAGGAUGCUGUGGGGCAAUGCUUUCCUCUAAAGAACUGUAGCAGUCGACAUUCUUCAAUGCUUCCAUCAAAAAGGAAAAUUCAUAUCAGUGAACUGAUGCUAGAUAAGUGCCCUUUCCCGCCACGCUCAGAGCUAGCUUCUCGAUGGCACUUAAUUAAAAGGCAUACUGCUCCCAUAAGUCAAAAACCAGAAGACUGGAUGGUUGCUGAUUUAUCCCAAAGUGAGGAGAGGGAUAACCAGCUGAGAGAUAGAGAGAGUUUCAGUGGAGGAGUGAGCUCUCUUCAGUCAUGUGAUAUUCUGGAUGACGAUUCCUGUAACUGUGAUCCUAGGGCUGAGUUGGGCGUGAGUCAGGUGUUAAAGAAUGAGAAAGACGAGAGUGAUAUGGACUCUGAUGAUGAAGUUAUAACGCUUUGCACGAGUUCUAGGAAGAGAAACAAACCCAAGUGGGAAACCGAUGAUGAGUUGUUGCAGUUGGAAAAGCCUCCUAAAUAUCAUACUCAGAUUGAUUAUGUCCACUGUCUUGUCCCAGACCUCCUGCAGAUCAAUAACAAUCCAUGCUACUGGGGAGUAAUGGAUAAAUAUGCAGCUGAGGCCCUGCUGGAAGGAAAGCCAGAAGGAACUUUUUUACUCCGAGACUCUGCCCAAGAAGACUACCUGUUUUCUGUCAGUUUUAGGCGGUACAGUCGUUCCCUUCAUGCAAGGAUAGAACAGUGGAAUCAUAACUUCAGCUUUGAUGCACAUGACCCUUGCGUCUUCCACUCUCCAGACAUAACUGGGCUCUUAGAGCAUUACAAAGACCCAAGUUCUUGUAUGUUCUUUGAACCACUUUUAUCUACUCCCUUACACAGGACUUUUCCUUUUUCCCUUCAGCAUAUAUGCAGAACAGUUAUUUGCAACUGCACAACAUAUGAUGGCAUUGAUGCACUUCCUGUUCCUCCAUCUGUGAAGCUGUAUCUGAAGGAAUAUCACUAUAAAUCAAAAGUUAGAGUACUCAGGAUUGAUAUGCCAGAGCAGCAAAGCUAGAAAUUAUUUUUUGUGGGUGUAAUGGGAAGCAGGCAAAGGAUGUGUUCUAUCUUUCCUCUCUUGAAUUUAUUUAAUGGCAGGCUUUUUCACCUACAGAUUAUCUAUGAUCCAACUUGACUUCUGUCUGGGGCCUUUUACCAGAAUGCACUUUGUCUUCCCACCCCUUCUUUGUAGAAAAGGUAUUCAAGGCUGCGGGAGAGUGGGUGUGUUUGGUUUGGGGUUAUUUUCCCUUUGGUGAUGUUCGCACCUUAGGGGUUUUAUGGAAUUUCAGGUAGGGUUUCUGGUAUUUCCAUAUAGAGAUAGCCUUUAGAUUUAAAAAUUUUAAAAAUCCAGAUUUGAAUUUGAUCUGUCUUUUAUAUUGUAAUUUGUAUAUGUUGCGGACAUGUUUGAGACCUUGUAUGUAUUCUAAACUGAAGAUUGACUAAUGUGUAUUUUUUACAUUUCUUUUAAAAUGAGUGCUACACCAUCUUUCUCUGUGUAUGUAUGAAUGUGUGUGUGUAAUACAGAGUAAAUUCAUCCAUCUAUUUUAA